CGCAUACAGAACCGGAGAGCGACCUUCCAAAGGCACUCCGUCCCAAAUAAAAAUGAGAGAGUGCCGUCCUUUUAAAUGCGUAUUUCGGCCACUAGAGCCGACCAAGAGAGUUGUGGUAGACACGUGGGGUUUAUCAAGCCUCCUACUCUAGCCACACAAUUGCGAUUCUAUCUACAUCAAUGUAGUUCAUCUCCUGACCCUCUGCUGUCCACCUGGGAAUCGGCACACUCUGGUUGUCAAAUUGAAGCAACCCAAAAUCUUCUACAUGUUGACCAUGUGUUUGUGCGGCAAUAUAAAAUCCUCUUGCCAACAAAUUUUGAUUGCUGCCAGCCCUCUCAUUGUGCCUGUAAGUUAUCCCCAGCGAAACAAAAAACAUUGUUAGAGACCCACAAGUAGUGCUUAAUGUAUGAAGUAACUACCCCCUCGGCGACACACGCACCUCCACCGCCUCUUUUUCCUUCUUAGGAAGGGCGACACGCAGUUCUUUGUAGGAUAUCAGUACGCACCGGCGCCGAGGGCCGUGUAGAACGAGGAGUAGUUUCCAAUUAGUGUGCGCAGUAAAUUCUUUACCGCAUUUCUUGAGAUUUAAAAAUCUGCUCCGGCGUGCGUCUUUUUGCACUUGAAGGUCCCUAUUUCUUUCCUUAUUAUUGCUGUCUCUCAACCUUGCUCGCGAAGAAUUUAUAAGCAGAAUAGGACGUAGUCGAGGCAGCUACUGCACAUAUAAAGCAAGUAAUUUUGAUUGUUGACGGAACCAAACACCCGCCAAGAUGGGCAUGUUCAUAUCGAAACUGCUGGACAAGUUGUCCCAGAAAAAGGAUUGCCGCAUACUCAUGGUCGGGUUGGACGCUGCAGGGAAGACCACCAUCUUGUACAAGCUAAAGCUCGGCGAAGUCGUUACAACCAUCCCAACCAUCGGGUAGACCUUUUUUUAGAAGAUGCUUUGCCGGGAACAACAGACCCGGCACACCACUGCGGCUCCUUUGGUGCCAGUCGAAGUGGUGCCGCUUCUCUAUGCAAAGACCUGCAAAAAUUAUGAUGUACACAGUCCCUAGUUGUGCGCCAGAACAGGCUGGUUGGCUCGGCGGUGGGGCAGUGAUGAUUUUCGCAAGUUGGAAGAUGCCCUUAAAAAUGAAAUAAUACGUUCCGAAGAUUAUUUACAACGAGCGACAUUCUUUUUCUUACAGGUUUAAUGUUGAAACGGUCGAGUACAAAAACAUCAACUUUACGGUCUGGGACGUGGGAGGUCAGGACAAGAUCCGCCCGCUCUGGAGACACUACUACCAAAACACACAAGGUGCGGUUAGAUUUUUGAGUUGGGGACGAUGCAACUACGUCAGGACGAUAGGAAGGAGCCAGAAGUUUAAAUCCGAAUGCCAUGAUACAAGAAUAUGACCAUGCAAGGCUGCAUAUUAAAAUCUUUAACUAUUUUCAGGUUUGAUUUUUGUCGUGGAUUCGAACGAUCGCGACCGUAUCGUGGAGGCUCGGGAUGAGUUGAUGAAGAUGCUUAACGAAGGUAAAAUUUACAGCAAUUUUUUUAAGUAGGUCAACAUAAUUGGUAGAGCGCAUCAAUCGCAGCUUGAUAUGGUCCGUUCGUUGUUUGCGGACUCGAGUUUUUUAAAGACGGACGAUAACGAUUGGAAAGCAAUGCAAAUUUUCACUUACAGAUGAGAUGCGAGACGCGAUUCUUCUGGUCUUCGCCAACAAGCAGGAUCUGCCGAAUGCGAUGAACGCUGCUGAGGUACUUUUUUGCGCGAAAAAUAGUGUCUGUUUUAUCAUGCCUACCUUUCUUGCGUCUCAUACUGUGUACUCUGAAGCCCCGCACUCGGGUUUGGCAUUUUAGGCUGCAUCAGGCUGUAAAGGGCAAACUUUCGCACGCAAAUUUUCGAUCGCAAUACAAACUUACUACAGAUCACGGACAAGCUGCAGCUGAACGGUCUGCGUAACCGUCAGUGGUACAUCCAGUCGACUUGCGCUACAACCGGUGAUGGUAUCUACGAAGGCUUUGACUGGUUGUCGAAGUCGAUUGCCGACAAGAAGUAGAGAGGCGAAGGCGCUGAUGAGCGCGGAAGAAAAACAUCGCACGACACGACGACACCUAAAAACAAACGAGAUCCUGAGAAAAGGUUGUUUUACGACUCUACACUCGGAGUGCGCCAUCGCGGGGAGCACGGAUAGGGCAGUUACAAGGGGGUGACUCUAUUACCAGGACCUCCACGACACACACUGUCAAACUUGCGAACUGAAGGUUUCAAUUACGUCGACUCUUUAUCACAUCUUCAAAGCUAAAAUUUUAAAAAGUUCGGGUUUAUCCUAUUUACUACUACAACUGUACUUGUUUACUCCUGUAUGUUGAAGACAGCGGCAGAUGUCAUGGCCUCGGAGUGUCAAUGGACUACACGAGGGCUUUGCCGUUCUACCUUUUUUUUUUCGAUUUUCACUUUGAUGAGUUUUUUAUACUUUGCUAGCAUUGCGUUUGCGCCGGAGACCGUGUGGAGAGAGACCCGAAGAAUCGGCUUGAGAAGUGGCAGAACACCUAGUUUUAUUGGAACGGGGUCUAGCAAUGGCUUGUCGUUGUCAUUGUCCUCACGACUAGACUAGUGUCGACGCGAGGGAUUGAAGGAGGACCUCGCGAAGCGACAAGCUUCUCAAGGAGUGCGCCCAGGAGGACAAUACGCUGGCGAGUGCGUCGCUUCCACAGUAGAGUCCGCCGUUUUCACAGGAGAUGCUUUAGCCAUCCUGUACUGAUAGAUGAAAACGAGGACCGAUACGGAAUUUAAAGAAUUUUAUAACGCAAUCGUGUUCAGUCGUGAGAAUUUAUUUUUUUCUCAACGGAAAUGGAGAAGCUCUGUCGAACUACUCACUUUUUUUUGUUUUUCCCGCCCCAAUUAUAAAUGGUUGGAUGUUUUUUUCACAGCAGAGACAUGGACUUCCACUUCUUGUUUUGGGAUCUUCCUUUCGAAAUCAAGUGUCUGAGGAUAAAAAGAGAAGGGUUGAAAUUUUGAUUCCAGUGUAUUUUGUAUCCAGCGACCGUAGGAUCGGCGACACAAAAAAAGUCGUUUUUCUGAGGUAGUCUGAUUUGUUCUUUCGAUCUCGUGCUUGAAAACAUUCAGAGGGAAUCGGUCUUUCUCGGGAAGUUUAA